GAACUAUUUACAUUUUCCACGGAAAUAUUUUAGUGUUGUACCUGACAACCGCUCAUCGUUUAUAUGUCGUUUUUGUUGAAAGUAACUGAUAAUAAAUGAUACAUAUUACAUUAUCUUGCUAUUCUUCAUCGUUAUGAUUAUCUGCUCAUAAAAGAUUGUCCUGAAGAAUUGUACCACUGUCAAACGAAGCACUGACAGCACUGUGUGAAGAUGAUGCGUUAUUGGGGUGAGCUCCCAGUGGCUUCGGCUCCCUCGGGCCGCAGUUCUUUUGACCUUCUGCAGCGUGAGUUCCGUCAGGUGGAGAUGCAGGACCCUCCCCUGCACCAACCUUCUGCACAGCGUCCACGUCCCACCACCAUGCUGGACAUCCCCUCAGAGCCCUGCAGCCUCACAAUCCACACAGUGCAGCUGAGCCAGCAUGCUCGUCGUCUCCGGAGUCUCAUUGCUGCUGCCCAGCAGGGCCAACAGCCUCUGCCCACAUUAUUAGAUCCCCAGGGUGUCUUCAAACCUGAGGAUGUGGAUGCUUUACCUCCCCGCCCUGUCACACCCACUGUACCUGAUGAUCUGCUUCCACUGGAUAGUAAAGCUCCUCGACAGCCAUUCCAGCUACGCCAUAGUGACCCAGAGAGUGACUUCUACAAAGGUAAAGGUGAGCCAGUCACUGAGUUGAGCUGGCUGUCCUGCCGUCAGCUUCUGUACCAGUCGGUCGCCACAGUGCUCGCUCAUGCUGGAUUUGAGUCGGCAAAUGAGAGCGUGUUGGAGACUUUGACCGAUAUGGUUCACGAACACUACCUGCGGCUCACCAAGUUACUGCGUGUGGCUGUUGAUAGGGAGGCCUGUAAGGGCACAACACCCUUCCCUGAUGUGGUGGAACAGGUAUUUCAUGAGGUGGGCAUUGGCAGCGUCCUAGCGCUUCAGCGCUUCUGGCAGGUCCGCAUCAAAGAUUACCACAGCUACAUGCUGCAGGUCAGUAAGGAGCUCUCAGAAGAGUACGAGAGACUCGUGAAUCCAGAAAAGGCUCUGGAGGAUUCCAAACCCUUGAAGGUUAAAGAGGAGCCAGUGAGUGAUAUUGUGUUUCCUUUGAACGAGGAGAUGGAAGCGGAUCUGGCCUCAGGUGACCAGGCCCUGCCCAUCGGUGUGCUGGGAACAUCCAGUGAAAGACUGGCUGGAGGACUGGAGGAAGGACAUUCCCCUCACACAUCAGGAGCAGCAGGCAACAGCUCUCCCUUGUGGCACCUAGCCCAGGUGAAGAUGGAGCCUCAGGACAGUGAGGAGGGCCAGGUAUCAGGUCAUGGGGUUCUGGGCAGCGACGUCUUUGAAGAGGGCCCCAUGUCCACCAUGAGUGAAGCUGGCAUCCCUCCAUCUCCUGGCGGUUCAGAAGGAAGUUACAUGUCCCAUUCACCAGACUCUCUCAUGGGCACGUCACCUUUCACCCAGCGGCCAAAGAAACGGAUGAGAAAAGUAUAGUGGUUUUAUCUAAAUAAAGAGACUGAAUGCACUUCCACAAUCAUUGUAAUGCAUAGUACCACUUUCUUUUGGGACUACAUGUUUUACCUUUGAAUGGAAGUUUUUAGUGAAAUUAAACGAAAGAGACAAAUACCAUGCGUGUUUGAAUGCUCUCCCAGCAAAUGGCAGACGGUCACUGUUUUACCCAAUUAUUGAGCAGGACAAUUACUUGUUUGCCAUGGUAAAAUUAGCAUCUGUUUAUUGUAACGAAACAAUGGAGGGAGCACAACAUGGGGAGUAAUUAUAGCCUGAUGUCUGCUUCAAAACACACAGGGACAUCAAUCAAGGAGUAAUGGCAAAUUAAUUACAGCAUGCAUAAAUCUGCAUGUUAAAUAAGCAGACCAUUUCAUUACCUGCACAUUCCCAGGCGACACAGUGGAGGUAUUGUCUUAGCCACCUGCGGCAAAACUGUUUUCCUGAAAUCAUUCUGGUUGAGUGUAAAUUUAGCUUCUCACCCUCACCAGGUAACAAUGCAUUCUGAGACUCAUUCAAGAGAAACCAACACUUGAUAGCAAUUACACAGCUUCCAUAAUGAAUUGUUGUGGGCUUCCAGUGGCUACUUCAAGGACGUUUUAUUUCAGUUCUCUCACAAAAACAUAUCCUGCUCAUACAGUAUUUCACCCCAAAAUCAAAAGAAAGCCACAUAGUUCUAUUUGUAGAUGUUUUACCCCUCAAAUUGUGGUAACUCUAAUGCGCCUUUUGAGUUUAUUUGUACUUCUCAUUGAUUCUCAUUGUAAUACUGUAUUUUAGCAAGAAACAUUUAUUUACAGCACUUGCAGUAUCAUUUUUCACAUAAUUUAUAUGAGACACCCCUAAUCUGGAGUUUAAAAUCACAUUUUUAAGUAGUGUUUUAGGAUCUAAACUACAGCACACUAAAAACACACUUACGUCGUAGUAAUUAUGAUAAUGGAAAUUGGCAAGGAUUUUCUGAACAAAAUGUCACAAUUUAUCAUCCUAAAAUGUAUUUUGUUGGACUGUGCAGGCUUCUAAACAAACAAGAAGCUAUCUUAAAAAGUUUUGAAAUCCAUUUCCACGGAUGUAGUUUUGUUAAGAAUAAAACGCCAUUUGUGAA